AUGUCCAACAAGAAGAAGAGGAGUCGUGUGCAGGCCACCAGCGCUGUACAAGAAAGCCAAAUCGACGAUCUGUUCGCGUCGUUAAAGACGGAGAAGCAGAAGAAGAGCAUUGCUGAAGAACAGCAGAAACUUGACGACGAGGAGCAGGAGCGCCGUGAAAGGAAGGAGAAAGCGCGACUACAGCAGCAGAUCAAGAAGCUCGAGGCUCAGAAUACAAACUCCACUGCUGCUGGACUCAAUCCGGAUCCGAGACCUGUUCGCUACGAUGAGGACGGACUGCCCAUUUACUCGGAGGCCUCGCUGCAGAUUGGCAAGGGCGGCAACACCAAGGACUGCCCAUUUGACUGUUGGUGCUGCUUUUAA